ACUUGCAGAGCCAGUUGGGGCCUAGGCGCAGACGCACUGAGCCUAAGCAGCCGGUGAUGGCGGCAGUGGUGGUGGUGGCUGCAGCGGGGCCGGGCCCAUGAGGCGACGACGGAGGCGGGACGGCUUUUACACAGCGCCUGACUUCCGAGACAGGGAAGCUGAAGACAUGGCUGGAGUGUUUGACAUAGACCUGGACCAGCCAGAGGACGCAGGCUCUGAGGAUGAGCUGGAGGAGGGGGGUCAGUUAAAUGAAAGCAUGGACCAUGGGGGAGUUGGACCAUAUGAACUUGGUAUGGAACAUUGUGAGAAAUUUGAAAUCUCAGAAACUAGCGUGAACAGAGGGCCGGAAAAGAUCAGACCAGAAUGUUUUGAGCUACUUCGGGUACUUGGUAAAGGGGGCUAUGGAAAGGUUUUUCAAGUAAGAAAAGUAACAGGAGCAAAUACUGGAAAAAUAUUUGCCAUGAAGGUGCUUAAAAAGGCAAUGAUAGUAAGAAAUGCUAAAGAUACAGCUCAUACAAAAGCAGAACGGAAUAUUCUGGAGGAAGUAAAGCAUCCCUUCAUUGUGGAUUUAAUUUAUGCCUUUCAGACCGGUGGAAAACUCUACCUCAUCCUUGAGUAUCUCAGUGGAGGAGAACUAUUUAUGCAGUUAGAAAGAGAAGGAAUAUUUAUGGAAGACACAGCCUGCUUUUACUUGGCAGAAAUCUCCAUGGCUUUGGGGCAUUUACAUCAAAAGGGGAUCAUCUACAGAGACCUGAAGCCGGAGAACAUCAUGCUUAAUCACCAAGGUCAUGUGAAACUAACAGACUUUGGACUAUGCAAAGAAUCUAUUCAUGAUGGAACAGUCACACACACAUUUUGUGGAACAAUAGAAUACAUGGCCCCAGAAAUCUUGAUGAGAAGUGGCCACAAUCGUGCUGUGGAUUGGUGGAGUUUGGGAGCAUUAAUGUAUGACAUGCUGACUGGAGCACCUCCUUUCACUGGGGAGAAUAGAAAGAAAACAAUUGACAAAAUCCUCAAAUGUAAACUUAAUUUGCCUCCCUACCUCACACAAGAAGCUAGAGAUCUCCUCAAAAAGCUGCUGAAAAGGAAUGCUGCUUCUCGCCUUGGAGCUGGUCCUGGGGAUGCUGGAGAAGUUCAAGCUCACCCAUUUUUCAGACACAUUAACUGGGAAGAACUUCUAGCUCGGAAGGUGGAGCCCCCUUUUAAGCCUCUGUUGCAAUCUGAAGAGGAUGUGAGUCAAUUUGAUUCAAAGUUUACACGUCAGACACCUGUUGACAGCCCAGAUGACUCAACUCUUAGUGAAAGUGCCAACCAGGUCUUUCUGGGUUUUACAUAUGUGGCUCCAUCUGUACUUGAAAGUGUGAAAGAAAAGUUUUCCUUUGAACCAAAAAUUCGAUCCCCUCGAAGAUUUAUUGGUAGUCCACGAACACCUGUCAGGGCAUGAUGAAGGAAGGCACCAGUAAAAUAAGGCAUUUUAAGCCCAUGAAGAGGAAUUUCAGAAUGAAGUCUGUAAUUCCAACAA